GACGCCACAAGGCUGUGUGUGUGACGGUGACCCGCCAAAUCUUUGGUGGAAGGGACACUGCCGGUGAUGCAGAUGGGCAGUGGCGACGGUGCCGACAUGGCGUGCUUCAGGGAAUGGAGCAACCGCGAUCAGAUAACGCAGUUGCGCAACAAAGUCUUCCUGGAAGAGAAGUACAAGACUGCUUAUUAUCAAACAGCCGAGAAAGGGAUUGCGGAGAACUCGGAUAAAAUCAGGCAACUACGCAAGGAUGUGGUGCUGGAGAGCAUUAAGUUCAAUAGUAGUGAUCGGGUGGUUGAGAACGUCAUUGCUCAAGAAUGUGAGGAUCGUAAGGAUUUAAAACUCUGCUUCGCAAAAGCUGGCAUUGAGGAUUCUAAGGAGUUGCUUAAUAAGCAUCUGUAUGACACAGUGAACCUGUAUAAUCGAAACUGUUAUGAAGUUAAGAAACGACAAAGGGUUUUGAUGGACCUUACACAAACCUUGAAGACUAUGAAGAAGGAGACCCAGUUUGAUGAAGGGGAGCGCAGUGCUCUUCAGACAAUCCGUCAGAUUGAGAACAAAAUAGAGAAGAUGGAUACAAAGGUCCGGGUUGCAAAACAGAUUUAUCAGAUGUACCAGAACAUCCUGGAGUGUUUGCAGAGGGAUGCUGCCUUCAUACCUCAGAAAGUGGACAGCUUCAGCGCAAUUGUGGAUGCACACAAAGCUGAGCUAACAACAUUAGCUCAGGUGUCUCGGGAAGCUGCGGAGGCCCGGAAAAACAUGUGGAUCGAGUUAGAUACUCUGGAAAAGUCAUACAGUGCAGAGAAGAAAGAGCGAGAAACCAUACUGGCCAACCGGCGAAAACUGCUGAACCUGGAGAAAUAUGCACUGAAGCGUAUUGAUACUUCGUCUCUGAGAUCAGGCAGUGGGCAGUCAUCAACCAGUGGAAUGAGACUGAAAAAAAAUGUUCAAGAUUUUGGACCAAGGUCACACAGUGGGGCUGAAAACACAGUGAUUAAUGAAAUCAAUAAAUUGAAGGAACUGAUGUCCUGCUCAAAACUACAGGACAUAGAACAGAGAAUCAACAUGCAGACUGCAACUAGUGACUACCUGCAGUGGAAGCUCAGCCAGCGGAAAGAAAAACGGAAUCAACUGAACAAAGAGUCUCAGAAUUUAAUGCUGGAACAUGCUGAGUUGAAGUUUGACCCCAAUAAGACCAUAACCAGUCUGGCCUCUUUGAAGGCAGGCACAGAAGACCAGCUGAAUCAUGAAAAAGAUAAUUUGAAAGUGGUGUUAUGGCGACUUUACAAUGCUGAAAUGCUCCUCCUGGCCUUUGAGAAUGGAAUUGACAGCCUAUACUACUCUCUAUAUGGUAUUGAAGGUGCCACUGAGCCUAUAUCCAGUGAACCACAAGAUACCUAUGAGAAGUUGCAAAUUUGCGAAGAGAAAUUAUACUUCUUGGAGACGAAACUUGCAGAUUUUGUUUAUGAGGAUUGGAUGAGAGGCGAACAGGAGAAGUUGACAGAAUUAAUAGAGAGGGCAUUCAGUGAGAAUCAGAAGAACAGAAAUAUCAUGGAUAUAGUUGAGUAUGAAAUGCAAGAUGACAUGGACUAUAUCUCAGCAGGCAGCGAUGGUAUUCCCACAAGAGCGGAAAUUAAAAAACAGAGCGAGCUUCUAGUCCUAGAUAAAACAAGAAUAGUGAGGAGAGUAAAGAAGAAGGGCAGAAAACGAUACGUCAGCAAGAAGAAAGUCGUUUGUUAGAUUGGUGUUUGUGAUUGACUCUGUAUUAGAAAAUAAAGUCGUUUUGCAGUUCUGG